AUGAUUAACCUACGAGGGGUUCAAGCUCGUGCGUCCUCCUCUAGCCUCUACGGGCAAGAGUUGAUUGACUUAGCUUGGACGCAACAACCCAUCGAAACAGAUGGGCUCGGCAGAGUCCUUUCUGUCGUCGUCCUAGUUCUACUUACGUUGAGUACUAUAGCGGUCAGUCUACGGGUUUUCGUCCGCGGCUGGCUUCUACGAAGAGACAGACUGUGGGGUUUAGAUGACACUCUAUCCGUUCUGAGCUAUUUGACAUUCCUCCCUUCUUGCGUCUUCAUCCUUCUCGCAACACGAUUCGGACUCGGUACUCCAGAUGAUAGACUGACAGCACCGCUCAAGGCAAGGGCCGCCUUGUACAUGGGCUAUUGGCAAAUGCACUAUGCAGCGUCAGUCAACCUCGUCAAAGCUGGUAUUGCCGUAGCUCUGCUGUGUCUCACGAUCCAACGACGAUACCGAUAUGCGAUAUGGGCCAUACUGGUCUCUGCUCCUGUCUUCACCUUGGGUGUCGUCAUUGUGCUCGUGACUACUUGCCAUCUAGUAGGCGCCUAG